AUGCUAAACAACAGGAGUCAACUUGUAAUUAACACAAGUAAAACUAACAUUGAUCACGUGACCUGCACGAGUGAAGUCAGACCAAAUCCCAUCCACAGAAGAUUUAGAAAUCCCAUUCUUGCAUGGAUUUACAGCCAAAUCACUGCCAAUGAAAGUCAUCCAACCACUCGAUGGUACUUAAAGUCCCGCAAAGCCAUUUACAAUGAAGUACAGAGACAUGUCGAAUCCGAUAAUUGGUUCAUUGUGCAUCCUUUCAGCAAUUUCAGCAGUGCUUAUCACAUUGACUUAACGCGAUGCAUCAACUGCGAUUGCUAUUACAUCGACUACGCCGUCUUCAAUACAAUCAUCUCGCUCGAAAUAAUUGUCACUUUUUUCCUGGGAUAUCACACACAAACGGAAAUUGUCUUGGAACAAGCGGCAAUUGCUAAACAUUACAUCAAAAGUUAUUUUUUCUUUGACAUGGUCAGUUGCUUGCCUGUGACAUACUUGAUCAACUUCUCCGACAUCAACAAUGAAAAGUCAAAAAUUUACUUUUUGCAUGAUUUGGCAUUGUUGCGCAUCGUCACCGCACCGAGAUUCUUCAAAUUUCUCAAUAUCACAGCGGAUUUCUUCAAAAUUAGCGAUUUUAAACGCAGAGUCAUUCGACUUGCCUGUUUUUGUGUCCUUUUCAUGCAUUUCACGGUUUGCUUGUACAAGAGAAUUUAUGCGGAAUUUUUUCAAGACUCGACGUCAGAUUUUGCUCAAGUCAUGUUCGAUCCACGGGUGUCGGCGCUCGAAAGGUACUUUAUGGUCACUUAUAUCCUAUCGUGGCGGAUUUUCGGAGCAAAUUUUGGGAAUAUUCACGAGACGAUGUUGUUGGAAAAGAUGCUGGGACUCGUUUCGAUGCUGGUUUUCUUCUGUUUUUACAUUUUUCUGUUGAUUCAAAUCCUUUAUAUAAUGGAGACAAAAGACGUUUCCCGCCAAAAAUAUCAAGAAAUCAUGCGACAAGUCGAUCAUUACAUGGGUUUGCGACAAUUUCCGUUGAGACUUCAGAAGCGCGUUCGUCUAUUUUACGAAAAAAAGUUCAUGAAAACUUAUUUUAAGGAGGAUUUGAUCCUAGAAGCCUUAUCGGAGCCCUUGAGACAGGACAUUGUCUUGCACUGCGGAAACAUUUUCAUUAAAAAAGUAAAGUUGCUGGAGGGAAUUCGUGUUUCGAUCAUCAAAUCAAUCGUUUCUUGUUUGCAAUUAGAGAUUUUUCUUCCGAAUGAUCCGGUCACAAAAGCCGGCGAAUAUGGGUUCUGCAUGUACUUCAUAGGAGUCGGCACUCUAGCUGUCUACACAAAAAGUGGUCGCGAAGUCACACAUUUGGAAGACGGCGAUCAUUUUGGUGAAUUUUGUCUCCUUUUUCCCGAGAGAAAGCGCAAAGGGAGUGUCAUUGCUGUCGAUUAUUCCGAAAUUUAUCGCUUAGACAUUCACGACUUCCAGAAAACAAUUCAAAACGAUCCCGAAAUAUUCGCGAGACUCGAGUCGCUUGCAACGCGUCGUCUAGACAUGAUACUAAUUGAGGAGGAGCGACACAAACAAAGUUGGACAGAAAACAAUUAA